AUGAAAGGGUUUUGGAGGCAAAUAUUUUUUUUUCUCUUAAUUUUUGGAAUUGUAUAUGCUAAGGAAGAUAUUAGGAUUAAAAAAAAGAACAGUCAUUUUAGAAAUAAAUUUAAACAAAAAAAUAAAACAAAUAAUUUAAAUAAUGAAACACCAAAAAAUUUUUUACAACUAAAAUCAGCACAUAUAUAUAACCCAUCAUUAGCUUAUAGAGACUUUUUCACAAACAAUGCUAUGGGCACAUCAACAAUUUAUUAUUCCAGAUUGAUGUGGGGAGGAGUCAUAUUUUUAGUUAUGUUUUUAUUAGUAAGCAGUAUAGGAAUAUAUUUAUAUGUUGACAAUUUGGAAAACAGUUAUCCAAAAAAUAGACAUAGAAAUAACCCAGUCAAUUAUUAUAAUGCAAAUCCAAUUGUACCAUAUCCAUAA